UCUUUCAUCUCCUAUUAGCCCUAUUCGACCCUAAAACCGAAUAACCACCACGCUCGCUCUCUCUCUAUCUCUCUCUCUCUCUCCCUCUCACACCCUAACGAAGAAUUUCGUCUUCUUCAGAAUCAGAUCCAAGAUAGUUCGCUCGUGGAUCCAAUUGGGAAGAUUCUUAGCUUUCACCUGAGUGACACAUUAAUUCUAUUGAGAAAAUUGUCGACCUUGCUUCCAUCCUUCUCUUCCCUUCGACCAGUCAUUCAAUCAGCUCUCAUUGAGGAUGUAUUUAAAGCAGUUGUUUCGGCAAAGUUUCUCUUACAGCACGUUGUCUAGGAGUUCAUUGACGCCAUUGUCAUCCUUGAACGCAAUCUCCCUUUAUUUCCAAAGAAGCCAACUUAUUUCCUCCCUCAAACACGCUCUCAAGUCCAAUGCAUCGUUGAAGUCGCUUGCAUCUCUUGUGAACACUCCUCUUUUGGACUCCUUUGUGGUCUCUCGUGCCCUCCAGUACGCGCCGUCAGCGGACUCCGCUCUCUCGCUUGUAAAAAUCCUAGAGAAGGUUCCGCAUUUUUCACAUUCCCGAACAACCCUCAAAGCUUUGGGCAUAGUCCUUGCUAGGUUUCGAAGAUUCUCUGAGCUUCAAGGCUUGAUUGACUCCAUUCGUAACAAUGAAUUCCCUGGCGUUAGCAAAGAAAGCAUUGAUAUGGACGAGUUCAUGUGGUACGCGGCUUCCGGAGACGUCGACUCCGUACUGCGCCUUUGGGAUAAGACAAAAGGUCGUAGGGGCCGUCGAUGCAUUGAGGCGUACAACAUACUCAUGGGUGUUCAUGCCAAAGCGGGCAACGAUUUCGAGGCCGUGAAGGUUUUUUAUAAGAUGAUGGAGGAGAACGCGGUUCCUAACCCUCGAACGUACGCAACCAUAAUUGAACACCUUGUAAGUUCAAGCAAAUUGGACUCUGCCAUAGAGGUGUUCCAUAUAUUGCCGAGAAUGAGGAUCAAGCGCUCCUCGAGGAUGUACACUGCUUUGUUAAAGGGGUUUGUGGAUGCAAGACGGUUCGAAGUUGUUAGUGAUCUUAGGAAUGAAAUGCAGAUUGAUGGAGUACUUUUGCCAUUGCGUCAAUGUAGUCAUGAGGAGGGAGAGGAUGAUGAUGAUGAUGAGGAUGAGGAUGGAGGAGACGUGGAGUUGGCGUCAAAAAUCAAAUUUGACCCGGAAAUUUUAUCGGCAUUGGAUGACACAAAUCUGGCUUGGACAAGUGUCCUAGUCUGCAAGAUUCUUUGGCGAAUGUUACCGGACAAUAGUGUUGACGAUAUAUGGGCGUUUUAUUGUUGGUUGGGCAAUAAACCGGGACGAUUCACUCAUGAUGCGUACACGGCAUCAACAAUGUUGAAAAUCUUAACAUUGCGGUGGAGUAGGGGUUUUUAUGGUGAGGCGAGGGAAAAACGAUUUAAAGAUUAUUGGGAUGGUGAACUUGUCACAAAAUUAAAGGAGGAUGGAAUUAGCUUAUCUUAUGUUACUCUUAACUAUAUUAUUGACCGUCGUACGGUGAGAGGUAUUUUAAGACUUUUUCGUCGUGCGGAAGAAAUUUGUCACCCUCUAUCAAAGUUUCAUCACAUGAUUUUGUACUCGUCACUAAUGCGAAGAGUGUCACGUAGACAAUAUGUGGUUCUUCGUGGCCCAUUAGAUUUUCUUGACGAGAUGAUUUUACGUGGGAUUCUUCCGGAUAUCCCAACUUUUACUGGAUUGAUGCAAUAUUUCUCGGUUAAGAAAGACUUGCGCACAGUGUUGAAACUUUUUCGAAUGGUUCAACGGAAUAAUUUAAAGCCUGAUGCAUUUAUGUUUCAGAUUCUCAUCCGUGCUUAUCUUAGGCGUGGGAAGGUUGAUCGUGCGUUUAAGACUUUCCAAGAUAUGAGGGACUCUAAUUUCAUGCCUGAUUCUGCCACAAAAGCAGUGCUUGUUAAGCAUCUUUCCAAGGAAGGUAUGUUGGAGGAAGUGACAGUCGUAGAAGCUGGAAACGAGGAGAUUAAUCAUCUUCCUCCACUUCCAUUGAAUGGUUAUAUAUGGAAUGUUUCCUCAUUUGAUCUCAAAAGGGUUUACGAUAUAUAUUUUGAUAGCUUUCGAGCUACCACUAGUUAGAUGGAAUUAUGAAUUAGUGUUCAAGUGUAUGAAUGAAUUUUUAACUUAAGGCUCGUUUUAAUUAUUUAAUUUCUUUAUGAUGUUCCUAUACAUAUAUUUUAUAUAACAUAAAUUAAUUUAUACUUGCGAAGUUG